CCCCGCCCCGCCGCGGCUCCAUCUUGGCAGCCCCGGAGUCUCCCGGGGCCCCCCCGGCGCUGUCGGGCCAUGGAGGAGCAGGGGCGGCUGCUGCCCCCCCCCGGCCGGCCCGAGCCCGGCGAGCCCCGGCGCCAGGAGCUCGGCGAGAUCCUGCAGCAGAUCAUGGGCAUCACGGAGCAGAGCCUGGACGAGGCGCAGGCCAAGAAACAUGCCCUGAACUGCCACCGCAUGAAGCCGGCGCUGUUCACCGUCCUGUGCGAGAUCAAGGAGAAGACAGGGCUCAGCGUGCGGAGCAGCCAGGAGGAGGAGCCGGUGGACCCGCAGCUGAUGCGACUGGACAACAUGCUGCUGGCCGAGGGGGUGGCCGGGCCCGAGAAGGGAGGCGGAUCGGCAGCAGCGGCGGCGGCAGCGGCGGCCUCGGGGGGUGUCUCCCCCGAUAACUCCAUUGAGCACUCGGAUUAUCGCAACAAGCUGGCGCAGAUCCGCCAGAUCUACCAUGCCGAGCUGGAGAAAUAUGAGCAGGCGUGUAACGAGUUCACGACGCACGUGAUGAACCUGCUGCGGGAGCAGAGCCGGACGCGCCCGGUGGCGCCGCGGGAGAUCGAGCGGAUGGUCGGGAUCAUUCACCGCAAGUUCAGCUCCAUCCAGAUGCAGCUGAAACAGAGCACGUGUGAGGCCGUCAUGAUCCUGCGCUCCCGCUUCCUGGACGCCAGGCGGAAGCGACGUAACUUCAGCAAGCAGGCGACCGAGGUGCUGAACGAGUAUUUCUACUCCCACCUGAGCAACCCCUACCCCAGCGAGGAGGCCAAGGAGGAGCUGGCCAAGAAGUGCGGCAUCACCAUCUCCCAGGUCUCCAACUGGUUUGGCAACAAGCGCAUUCGCUAUAAGAAGAACAUUGGUAAGUUCCAGGAGGAGGCGAAUAUUUACGCCGUGAAAACCGCCGUGAGCGUCACCCACGGGACCCAGAGCGGGGGGCGACUCCCCGCCCACCCCCUCCUCCGCAGGUCCGGCGGCUCCUUCAACCUCUCCAGCUCCAGCGACAUGUUCCUUGGGCUGCCGGGACUCAACGGGGACACGUACCCCCCAUCCCAGGUGGAGUCUGUGCCUCACUCCAUGAGCCAGGGGCCCUAUGGGGAGGGCCUGGUGCCCGGCCAGCUCUACAGCCCCCGCGACGUGAGGGCUAAUGGCGGGUGGCAGGAAGCCGCUACCCCCUCCUCGGUGACGUCCCCCACGGAAGGACCCGGUAGCGUCCACUCCGACACCUCCAACUGAUCCACCCCCCGGCCGCCCCCCCACAUCCAUGGGGGGCGGGGGGGCUGGCAUCUCUUCAUGGGAAACAAGCCAAGGUGGUGCCCAUGGGGACCCCCCGACGGCAUCGCUUUGUAGGGUGAAUCCAGAGGGGGCCGGAGCCGAAUCCAGGCUCCCUGGGCGUUUUUUGGUAUUGAACGAGCAGCACAAAGGUUGUGAGCCCCCCCCCCCCCGACUCCCCCAUGUGGGGCCAAGACCCCCCCGGCUUCCCCCCCCCGGCUUUGUCACUCUUCAGGGCGUUUCCUUCUCGUCCCCGUGCGCCGGCCUCGCCGUUUCGGCCGGGUUCUCCCCGUUUUCUCAGCUCCCUCGCACGGCCGUUUCCCGCCGCGCUCGGCCCGUGUCCAGCCGUCUCUCGCUACCCCCCCCCCCCCGACACCUGCUCUGGCUGGCUGCCCCCUGCUCCCAUUUGUGCCCCCCGGGGCGCUGAGCACGUGGGGCUCCAGGACAGGAUGUUUGCGGGAGCAGAGCCCCAGUGCCCCGCCCAGCCGCGGGAAACGGGGGUGUGUGGAGAGAGGGGCGGGGGGAGGAAAGACGUGAUGGGGAGGGGCCGUAAGGAGGAGGCGGGGGGCGCCGGCGGGAGAAGAGGAGCAGCGAACAUGGCGGGAGACUGACCAGUCGAACUCUAGCCAUUGAAAGCCGGCGGGGGACGCAGGGCCGGCCCGCGCGAGCCAGAUGGGAGUGCCGGGACGAAUUCCCGAGGAGCGGCCAGGCCGGCGCGGGAAGGGGACUGCGUUUCGCCCGGCGCCGCGGGCCCCUUACUUCAUUUACCUCAACGCGACACCAAGAGAGACUCGGACUCCGAGCCAGAGACCAUGGAACCUUCUACCUCUGACCCCCAGCCCCCCCACGACAUGGGGGGCGCUGGGCCCCAUCUCCCCCCUUCCCCCGCCACUGUCAAGGUUAAUUUCUUUUAUUGUCUGCAACUAUGGCGUGUGUCUGCCGGGGGAGGGAGGUUGGAGAGGGGGUUA